AUGUCAUCUGACCUUGAAGACAAUGAAGAUUAUGAAGUUGAAGAUUGUCAGGAUGAAACGGAGCUCAGUGAAUUUGAAAUAGCGACCCUAAUAGCUAAAUUCACAGCUCCACGGCGGCGGCGAACACGGCGGUUGAAGACGAGUCUCAAGCUAUUUUUUGUCGAUCCCUAUUACCACAUCUUGAUGUCCCGCAAGCGUAAUUUCAUUGUUGCUGCUGGCUUAUUAGUUUUUGCAUCAGCAGGAUUGGCAUUUCCAUUUUAUAUGGCGACCAAAUCCUCGAGAAGUCCGGUGAUAGAUUCUUCAAAGCCGCUUCCGCCUCAAGCUACAUUUCGAGGACCUUACGUUAACACAGGAUCACGAGACAUUGGACCUGAUGAUAAAAUUUAUCCGAAAAAAUAAUUUGAUCUAGCUUGGUGCAUGUUCAAUCAAAUUCUUGCAUGACUAUUUUGCAGAGUGUACAAGCAAAACUCGUGAUCGAAUUUUGCUAUGAAUAUAUUGGUAGGGCAUUUAUGGUUUUGGUUCCUGUUGAAUGUAAUAACAUGUAACAGCUACUGUCUGCAGGUUAGCCAAAAUUUCUUGGAUAUGUUGAUUCACCCAGUAAGAUAGUGUUGUAUUAUUUUUCAUUGCUUCUUAUAACACGGUUUAUUCUGAAUCUUUAUAUCUUCCAUCACAUUGUCAUUUGGCCUUGACCUAGUCAAUUACACAAAAUUGGGUAAAUAACCUUCCCAAUGUCUAUAUUGUUAGAAG